UCCAGAGGAGACCUGCAGCUUGGCACACGCAGCUCUGUCCCUCCCCUCCCGUGCCCCUCUGCAGACAGGGACUAUGACGAGCUAAGCCCACUGAGGGGCACAGUCUCGCCCAGACCCCACAGCUUCCUGCCAGGCCCCUGUCACUGCCACAGGGAGUUGCCCAGCCAGCCACGGCCUUGGGUCCAUUAACCUCAGCCACCUCCCAGCCACCUCACCAUGGCUAACUACUACGAGGUGCUGGGUGUGCAGGCCGGAGCCUCUGCUGAUGACAUCAAGAAGGCCUACCACAAGCUGGCCCUUCGCUGGCACCCCGACAAAAACCCUGACAACAAAGAAGAGGCUGAGAAGAAGUUCAAACAGGUGUCUGAGGCCUAUGAGGUCCUGUCUGACCCCAAGAAGCGCUCAGUGUAUGACCGUGCGGGCUGCAACAGCUGGCGGGCAGGUGGUGGGGCCAACGCCCCACAUCGCAGUCCCUUUGGUAGUGGCUACACCUUCCGCAACCCAGAAGACAUCUUCCGAGAGUUCUUUGGUGGCCUUGAUCCCUUCUCUUUUGAUUUCUGGGACAGUCCCUUUGGGGGCAGUGAGCGUGGUGGCAGGGGACCUGGCCUGUGUGGUGCCUUCUCGGGCUUUGGCAAGUUCCCAGCCUUCAUGGAGGCCUUUUCAUCCCUGGACACCCUGGGCCGCGGCGCAUCCCGCACCUCCUUUUCAGCCACUUCCUUUGGGGGCUCAGGCGCGGGCAGCUCGGGCUUCAAGACAGUGAUGUCAUCCACUGAGAUCGUCAACGGGCACAAGGUGACCACGAAGCGCAUCGUGGAGAACGGGCAGGAGCGCGUGGAGGUGGAGCAGGACGGGCAGCUCCGCUCGGUGACCAUCAACGGCAAGGAGCAGCUCAAGCGGGUGGACAACAAGUGAGCACUUCUCAGCCAAGGCCUGGUUUUGUCCUGGCCAAGAGAUGGUAGCUGACAUUA